CCUCUCCCACACCUCUCUCUCUCUCUCUCUCUCUCUCCCCACCUCCUCUCGUCUUCUUCUCGCCCGGUGACACCCGCUCGCCCCCAUUCACCAGCGAGCUCGAGCUUGCUUGCUCUUCUCUGCUGCAAGCCGCUGAUCGGCUCUCUCCGGGAGGGAAGCGUCGGGAUUUGGCUGCUCUGUCAGGCUGGCUCUUGACAUGUUCAGAUCGAAGGUCCAGGAGAUGAUCCUCAGGAGGAGGUCCAGGUCCAUGAACGGCGCCGCGCAGCACGCCGGCAGCUCGCCCACGGCUUCGUGCGACGCCGGCGGAGGUGGCAAGGGUGCUGCUCGCGCGCCGUCGUUCGCCGCGCCGAGGCUGCUGCACUCGUCGUCGCUCCCCGCCGGCGGCCGCGCCGCGGUCGUCAUCGGGAGCCCCGCGCGGGACCCAGAGGCGUUGUCCGCCUACGCCAUGAGCCCGACCUCCGUGCUGGACGCGUCGGCGGCCUUCGGGUCGCCCGGCCCGGCCGUGGACGCCGGAGGGGGCAAGCGCCGGCCCUGGUGCGACGGGUGCGCGGGCCCGCACGGGCUCGCCGACGUGCUGGACUGCGCCCACGAGGCCCAGCGGAGGAAGAACGUCCUCCGGGGCGCCGUGAGGGCGCAGGCGCCGGCCCUGGUGCGCUCGUCCUCCCUGGACCGGCGCGUGGAGUUCGGCGUCAAGAACAAGAGCUCGUGGCUGCCGCUGCGCUCCGCCCGCGCGGGGGCGGCGGCGGAGGAGGACGACGGGCCGGCGUCCGAGGACUACACCUGCGUCAUCUCCCGCGGGCCCAACCCGAGGACGGUGCACAUCUUCGGCGACCGCGUCGUGGAGGGCGACGGCGUGGCGGAGAGCCCGCCGCCGGCGCCGGUGCCGGCGCGCCAGGGCAGAGGCUUCCUCAGCCUGUGACGCCAUGCCCAUGCCACCCCAUAGUAGCAAUUCCCCCAUGAUGCGUGCGUGCGUGCGUGCGUGCUCCGGUAAAGUAGUAAGUCUUGUCGAUGCUGUCAGUAUUUUGUUCUUGGAUCGAUCGAUCUUGAUGAGAUGAUCAGGCAGAUGCCUCCUCGAUCAGAUGAUCAAACGGAUUGGGUUUUGUCUGUAAUAUAGGAAUUCCAUGCCUUUGCUCCAACAACAUGUUUGUACCAGAGUAAGAUCACAUCCGAGCAUGUAAAAUUAGUACUAGCUUAUGAAUGAAUUGAUCAUUGAAAAUGCACCGAAUUUCUCAA